AUGCCGACGUCCAGGCGCGAGGGACGGAGACGAUGGAUGUCGUGGACGACGACGUUCGCGAUCGGGGUGUUGGCGAUGACGACGGUGGGGACGCGCGGGACGCGCGCGGCGGGGACGCCCGCGGCGGUGGCGGCGGCGCUUCGAGGCGACCUCCAGUGGUUCACCGACGCCGAGCUCGCGCACGACGAGGCGACGUUGAUGGUGAUGUUGAAUAGAGAGGAUGGUGAUCACGGCUUGAACGCGCUCGGGGCGGCGGUGACGGUGGAUAACGAGGAUUUGGCGAAGAGGAUUUUGGCCCUGGGCGGAGACGCCGAGGCGGAGGAUCACGACGGACACACCCCGCUGCAUCGAGCGGUCGUCACGGGGAAACUUAACAUGAUACGUUUGCUCAAGGAACACGGAGUGGACGUGAAGCAAGUGGCCAGGGACGGAUUCGCGCCGUUGCAUCGCGCUUCGUGGGGUUCCUCGGAGGCGCGGGCGGAAAUCGUGCGUUUUCUCGUUCGAGAGUGCGAGGAAGACGUCGAUCGGCUCGACGUUCACGGACUCACCGCCGCGUUUCGAGCGGUGGAUCAUGGCAACGUUUUCAUGCUCAAAGUGUUGAUCGAGCUCGGGGCGGAUGUGAACUUCUCGAACAAGCGUGGCGACUCCAUGCUCGCCACGGCGGUUCGGAAACAAAACGUCGAAAUUGUGCAGGCGCUCUUGGACGCCAACGCGGACGUCACCAAGGAGGAUUCCAAGGGAAGAAACUUGAGAAAACUAGCGAAGCAGCUUCGAUCGAAGAAAGUGCUAGACUUAAUUUCACAGGCGUACGCGUCGGCGACGAGUUCGGGCGCCGAGUUGUAA